AGGGAAUGCAGUUGUAUCUAAGCCUGCCUUUCCUUUCACUUCUUCAGCGUCACUGCCAUGGAUGUGUCUUCCCUUCACACAUCGCUCUCUCUUCUCUUCGUCUUCCUCUUGCUUGCUUUCGGAAUCUUCUUCCCAAGAAGACGAAGAUAUGGGAAUCUCCCACCCAGCCCGCCUGCAGUUCCGAUUAUAGGUCAUCUCCACCUCCUCAAACAACCGGUUCAUCGAUCUCUACAACUCCUUUCACAAAAGUACGGUCCAAUCUUCUCCCUCCGAUUCGGAUCCCAGCUCGCGGUCAUCGUUUCCUCUCCCUCCGCCGUCGAAGAAUGCUUCACCAAGAACGACGUCGUCUUGGCCAACCGCCCUCGCUUUGCGUCCGGCAAGUACGUGGGGUACAACUACACCACCAUUGGGGCGGCAUCAUACGGCGACCACUGGCGCAACCUCCGUCGCCUCAGCGCCCUGGAAAUCUUCUCCUCCAAUCGCCUCAACAUGUUUCUAGGCAUCCGCAGGGAUGAAGUCAAGCGUCUACUCCUCCGACUGGCUCGAGAUUCGAGGGAGGGUUUUGCAAAGGUAGAGAUGAGACCCAUGCUUACAGAGCUAACCUUUAAUAUUAUAACGAGGAUGGUUGCAGGAAAGAGAUACUACGGAGAAGACGCGGAAUAUACGGAGGCUAAACGUUUUCGGGAGAUUAUCAGCCAGCUUUUCAAACUGGCUGGGGCAUCAUCAAAUCCAGCAGAUUUUUUGCCCAUAUUGCGAUGGAUUGGGCUCGGAUAUCAUGAGAAGAAGCUAAAGAAGAUCGCGAGAGAGACAAGGGCGAUCUUGCAAGGUUUGAUUGAUGAGCAUAGAAGUGGUAAUGGCAAGGGUUCGGUGGAUAAUAAUUCUAUGAUCGACCAUUUGUUAUCCUUGCAAAAAACAGAACCAGAGUACUACACAGAUGACAUUAUUAAAGGGCUUGUACAGGUCUUAAUUCUUGCUGGAACCGACACUUCAGCAGCGACAAUGGAAUGGGCAAUGACCCUUCUCCUCAAUCAUCCGGAUGUUUUGGAGAAAGCUAAAGCAGAGUUGGAUAUGCACGUUGGAAAGGACCGCUUGAUAGAAGAAUCUGAUCUUCCCAAACUACGGUACCUUCAAAGUAUCAUUUCUGAGACUUUGAGGGUAUUUCCUGUGGCCCCUCUGUUACUGCCCCAUAUGUCCUCAGAUGACUGUCAAAUAGGGGGUUUUGAUAUACCACGAGGCACAUUAUUACUGGUAAAUGUAUGGGCCCUUCACAGAGACCCUCAGGUGUGGGAAGAUCCUACAAGUUUCAAACCUGAGAGGUUUGAAAAUGGAGAACGUGAGAAUUACAAACUAGUACCAUUUGGAAUAGGAAGAAGAGCCUGUCCUGGAGCUGGCCUAGCUCAGCGAGUGGUGGGUUUGGCUUUGGGGUCGUUGAUUCAGUGCUAUGACUGGAAGAAGAUUAGCAACACCGCUAUUGACACCAUUGAAGGGAAAGGGCUGACCAUGCCCAAACUGCAGCCAUUGGAAGCCAUGUGUAAGGCACGUGAGAUUAUAAACGAGGUUCACUUGAACUAGAAAACAAUAUUUAGUUGGUAUUAGUACUCUGCUGUUUUGCUUGUAUUGAUGCAAUAAGCAUUCUCUGAUGCAUUUCGAGUAUCGUCCCCGUUAUAAAUAUGUAUUAUAUGCAAUAAGCAGAUUUCUUAGUUUUCUUAA